AGCGUCCAUCCUGAAUGAACAAGACUCUGAUGGUGAAACAGCAUCCUGUCAUGCAGCUCCCAAACUAAGGACAGUAAUAGCUCCUGGCUGCAGCUCUGAAUCUGCCCCCCCUCCUACACAUCAGAGAGAGCCACCUCACAAAAAUAAACAUGGAUUGUCUCCCUUCCAGGCAAAGCAACUGCUGACAUGAAACACAAUAUCUGACUGACUGUGGCUCUCUUCUCUUGUUGUUUUCAAAGACACAGGCAGACUAAAAUAGAUUCAUCUGUUUCUGCUUCCAUCUCUGCUGCCAAGCAUCCAGUCAGCCAGCAAACCCUCCUGGCAGCUCCAGUCAUCUGCCAUUUCCCACCCCUUCUUCCCCUUCUGUUAAUGGAUCCACAUAAGCUCAAGUUCAGUGUCGCUCCUGAUCUUCAGAGCUCAUCAAUACGUUUUGUUCUGACCACUUCCUGCUUAUAACUGGGAUGUACCAGAACCACAGCAAAGACACCAACAACAGCAGCAGUAAAAGCCUUCUCUGUGAUCAUAAGGCAAAGCUUGUCCAGGCUAUUAAAAGAAUCAAGCAUGAGGUGGAUGAAUGCAAAGAAGCAGAAAGAGAGACUUACACAGACUCGGUGGAGGUGGAGAUUUGAUGGCCUGGAACGAGAAAUCAGAGCUGAGUUUCAAAACCUCCAUCGCUUCCUGAACGUGGAGGAGUGUAAGGACCUGGAAAGGCUGCAGAAAGAGAGACAGAAACAACUGAAACAGCUGAAGGAGAGGGAGAAGAAGAUAGCAGCUCAGGGAAAAGACCUGGAGAGAGCAAUCGCGGUGCUGAACGGCAAACUGGCCGAGGAGGAUGGUCCCAAGCUGCUCCAAGAAAUCCAAGAUCUGUUAAAAAGGUCUCAGGUCAGCUUUGUUCUUCCUGCAGAGGUGAACACAGAGGUGCGGUCGGGCCAGCUUGUGGGCCCCAUCCAGUACAGGAUAUGGAAACACAUGAGAGACUCCCUCUAUCCCAACAUCACACCGGUGACAUUUGACCCGGAGACGGCCCACCCCAGUCUGACCCUGUCACUGUCCCGUACUUCCAUUUGGUUUGAUGAGGGUAAAGACGCUUCAGACGUCCAGUCCAACCUGCGUCGGUUCCACUAUUAUUACUGUGUGUUGGGUCAGCAGGGCUUUAGCACUGGCCGGCACUACUGGGAGGUGGAUGUUAGUGGUAAGACAGCGUGGAGGCUGGGUGUGGCACGAGGAGAUGUUGACAGAGGUGAGACGGCCACCACGGGCACCUCCUGUGGCCUCUGGACGCUGGCGCUGAAGGGCGGGUCUCUCUUGGCCUGUACAGACCCAAAGCCGACUAAAGUCAACGUGUCUGUCCACCUGGUCCGCGUUGGUGUGUUCUUGGACUGCGAGAAGGAGGAGGUGACUUUCUACAAUGCUGUUACCAUGGCGCCAAUUUACACUUUCUCAAUGGGGACUGUUACAGUUUCUCUGUUUCCGUUCUUUAACCCGUGUGACACCGAUGAUGGACAGAACACAGCGCCGAUCCAGAUCCACACCCCGUCACUGUGAAAUGCUGCUCUCACCUGCACAACCUCCCCCAUCAUCAGAGAUUCUCUAAAAGGGACCUCUUAGGCUUUAUUUUCUACAGUUAUAACGGUGUUUAUGAAGUUCUUUGCACUAAAUCCCAAAGAAAUUAUGAACCUUAAAGUAGGGGUGGGCGGUAUACACGGUAUACAGUAGAAAUGAUAUUAAUUUGGCCAACGGCAGAGAUUUCGGCUAUGUCGGCGUAUUGCGGUAGCGCAUGUUGAUGACGUCAUCAAGCGGCAUCUGUUGAGGCUGAAAUCAUGGAGCCUGUGGUGGAGGAGGAGGAGGUUAUCGUAAAGAAGACCGGUGCAACAUCGGUCAUUUGGACUUGGUUUGGUUUUAAGGAGUCGGAUGUGGAGCAGAACGGUAUAAUCUGCAAAGUAUGAAAGUAUUAGUGAAUAGAGGGAAUACAUCUAAUUAGUUUUACCACCUCAAAACGAAGCACGUUGUGGAAUACGAAGAAAGCCAAAAACUGCGUCCUCAACAAACGCCCAGUCAGUCGAGCGGUAAGAAAAAAGGUGGCCUUACACACCAGCAGACGGAUAUUUUACAAGCAUUUGCUAAAGGCACUCGGUAUGAGAGUGUGGCAAGGUGGAUAAACGACGGCCCCGGCCGGGAUUCGAUCCCCAGACUCCCGGGAGAGAGUCAUACGCUCUAACCAGUCAGCCAAAGGGACAUCCCCUUGGCCAAGUAGCUAGGGCGCAUGAUCAAUCGGGACAUUGUGACAGGACACUCACACUGCCACAAGAGAAAUAAUCAACGGUGGAUUGAUAUUACAAACGCCAUUACCACGUACCCGUGUAAGAACACCGUGCUGUUUCUUACAGUGGAGAAAAGCGGCUUUCGGGACACGAUUAAGACACUCGAUCCACGUUACGAGGUACCGAGCCGCAAACGCUUCAGCCAAACAGAGAUGCCAAAACUGUACGAGAAAGUCUGUGAGCAAGUAAAGCAAGAAAAUUAAUACAUUUUCUUAAAAUGGCAUUUUAUGCUGUUAGAAGUGUGUUUGUUCUGCUGCUGCAAUGUAUCUGGUAUGUGAGUAUGUUAAGAAACAGUCGUUUCUGACAUAUAUACAAAAGAAAGUCAUAUAUUGCAAUAUAUACCGUUACCGCACAUUUUUCAAAUUAUAUCGCAAUACAGAUUUUAGGCUAUAUCACCCAGCCCUACCUUAAAGGGAUGUUUCGGACAUUUUCUGACCAGUAAAACCUGCUGCAUGAGUGUCAAAUCAGGCAGUUUUUUUUUUAAUAUUUCUGUAAAUUCAUCCAAAAACCUGUUCUGUGUUUCUGAACUGAGGCCAUUCACAAUGCUGUCCACAACCAGUUAAAACGCAAUUAUUUCUAGAUUUUCUGAAUGUCUGAAAUACGCCUUUAAUGGUCCUUCUGCGUGACAAAAAAAGACAAGAUAGCAAAUGUCAUAAUUUAUUGUUUAUUUUUAGUAUUUCUUUAGACAUGAAAUAAAGAAAAAUGAAACAUUUGUCAUUACAAAACGUCUGUGUGAAGAGUGCCGAUAAAAGGGAAGCACGGAGGGACAACGUGGGAUGUCACGGCACAGCCUGGCAACCGGAGAAAGGUGGGUUCUGUUAUUCCGGCACCAAUCAGGGGUAUCAACUCUGAUCCAGCCUUCUGCUGGUAAUUUAGAAAACAGCUUCUUCACACCCACCUUUCUAUAUCUGCCUUCUUCAUAAGGGUUUUACAAUUACUGACAAAGUGGUGGAGCAUGGAGACGAUAAUUUUGCCUCCUCUACCCCAUCGGACACAUGAUGGGGUGGUGUCUCUGCGUGUCAACUGGUGGUUUUGCAGUUUUUAUAGAAGACAAGGAGCUAUUUAGGAAAUAAAAAUACCGACCAACUAUUCAUUAUACAUUUCAGGCACUAAAACAAGAACAAGACUCACUCAAACAUCGUUUUUUCUUGUUUCCACGAGGUUCUUGACACACUCGCUCAUAGUUUAAACACUUAUUUCCCAUGAUGUAAGCAGACAUACGGAAUCGUCAGAAGCACAGAAGGUACACGUUUCAUUCCGCCUGUGCAUAGAUUCAACACACUCGCCCAUUUACACGCCAAGACAUCAAUCGAGAGGCGAACACACGCAAAACAGACACAUCUUCAACACUAAACAAGGCCAACAUGUAUUUAAUCACGUCUCCUGGUACAUGUCUCGGCAACAAAAGCCUGGAGCUCAGAUCACGUUGUGGGCAUGCUGGAGUCGAUGCUCUCGGUGAUGUCAGCUAAGCGUUUUGUUAGAGUGUAAAUACUGAGUGAUAUGAUAGUAAAAGCUGAUCCAGAAGCAGCUAGUAUAGCGUGUGUUUAUGGUCUGAUUUUUACAAUAUUUGGUUGCUACAUUAGUUCAAGACGUUAGUGUAUAUUAGUAUAUGUGUAUAUUUAUAAAAUAGUCGUAAAUGCAUUUAUAUAUUAAGCUUAAGGUUGAUGAGAAAUUUCAAUUAGUUUUUAUUUAUUUAAUAUGGUACAAGAAUCGCUCUAUACACUAAACAUUCAGCCAUGGAAGGGUUAAACUGGUAAACAUGCAGUAUUUACAAUGCUGUGGUGUGUGUGUGCGUGUGCGCGCGCGUGUGUGUGUGUGUGUGUGUGUGUGUGCAGGCAGAAAAGCAAGGCCUUAAUUAAACUGCUGAUUUAUCUAACACUGAGCACUGUGGCUACUGUAUGUCACAUAUACACAUAUAUAAAUAUA